UCGACCCAACAAACAAACGGCUUCCUAAUAUCCGGAUUGUGAAUUUCCAGGUCUCGGAACAUCCCUCUCAUUUUCUAGGGUUUCUUCCCCUUCUAAAAUUCAAAAUUUUCUUCUUUCCAACGGUUAUUUUUCUCGAUCCAGGCCAGACACUCAGUGUAUCAGUUGAUUUCUAGGGUUUUUACAACGGUUCUGAUCUCCCAUUUCUCUGUGGAGAUUGGAUCCGAUGAACGAACAGUCUCAGAUGAUGGAUCAAUCUCAGAUGCUGAACCGAAACUACGUCGCUUGGCCGCCACCACCGGUUCCUCCGCUGGAGGAGCCGAUCAAGUUCCAGGCGUCUCAAAGACCUGUGUUUGCUGCCACUGCGAAGCCGGGCCGGGGCAAUUGGAAGGGGAAGAAGUCCGAUAAGCGCAAGGAAAUCCGGCGGAAGGACCCCCUCGGAUUAGGUACCGCAGUCGCUGGCGGAGUUGGCGGGUACAUGCCUCCCAAUCUUAACGAGUUGCAGUCUCAGAAUCGGUUGAAGGCUCGCAGGUUUUACCCAAAGAAAAAGUUUAAUAAUAGAUUUGCCCCGUUUGCACCGAGAAAUACGACGUCUUUUAUAAUUAGGGCUAAGAAAUCCGGGGGUAUUGCCUCUCUGGUUUCGCCAUGUCCGGUGACUCCAGCGAUACUUCCGACGCCGAUAUUCUCGCCGUCGAGGGAGGUUUUGGUGGAUAUGGCGAAGGAAGAGUGGGGUGUCGAUGGUUACGGGUCUAUGAAGGGUUUGAUUCGGCUCAGAUCACCUGGGCACGAAGCGCGUGACGAUGAGGAAGAAGAGGAUGGUGGGUCGAGUGACAGUGAUGUAGAAGAACAUGUUGAGGUGGAGAGGAGGUUGGAUCAUGAUUUGAGCCGCUUCGAGAUGAUUUACCCAAAUUGUAGUGAUGAGCAGACCAAUCUAUUGGAGAACAGAGUGGACGAUCAGGAUACGCAUAUCGCGCAACUAGAGGAGGAGAAUUUGACGUUAAAGGAGAGGCUUUUCUUGAUGGAGAGGGAGUUGGCGGACUUGAGAAGGAGGGUGCAUUGUUUGGAAACUGAUGGCGGCCGAUUAAGGGAGAACAAUGAAGAGGCUUCCGAGAACGCCUCAGAUAAUGAAGGGGGUGGAGAUGUUUGCUCUGAGAAGAGUGUCGGUGACGGUGAUGGUGAUUGAUUCAAUCAUCCCUCCCGGUUACCGUGUAAGUCUCUUCUCUGAAGACACAACUGUAGCUAUGCUGAAUGGGUUUUGGCCCUGCUUUUCUGCUGGUUUUAUCUGUGCAAAUUUCUGUAUAUAUGUCCUGUAGUCUAAAGUUGUGUGGUAGAUUUUAGUGGAGUUCACUCUCUCCCUCUUACCUACAUUUCUGUUUAAUCUGACUGUGGCUUUGUGGACUAGGUUCUAUCGACUCCAAGAUAGGAAUUCAUAAUGUUCUGCAGAGUCCAGACUCCAAACAGACUCUUUUAUUUCUGACCUAUAAAUUCCUUGUUUGUUUAAAUAUGCUCUUUUAAUUCUACUAUUGCAGUUUUCCGUUUUCGUCAAGAAAAACGGAAAUAUUUGAAGCUGGUAAGUACCCCUUGUUUAUUCUCUUUCAUCAAAAUGCUUUGUUGUUCUUCUUCUACUAGAAUUUUAUUGAGUGAAGAGAUAUGGGUAUUACUUGCAGUAAGUUUCAGUCUAAAAUGUGUAGGAUGCUAUUUUGAUGGCCGAUAGUAUAAAAGAAGCUCGAGUUUUCUCUGUAAGUUCUCUCUUGUGGUAACAGUAGAAAAACAGCUCAGGAAAAUGGAAAAAGAAAGCCUUUUGAUCAUCUGCAGAAGGAGAUGAAUUAUAUGAGGAGGCAUACGGAUUCAGAAGACAUGCUUAGAUGGUUGUUAUGCUGCUUCAUAUCUUAAUUCUGAAUAAAAUUCUUGGGUAUUUGUAUUUGAAGCUUGUCUGAUAGGGUAAGAGAAUUUUUGCUGAGACUCCAGGGGAGUGGUCAUUGAAGAUGAAGAUGUAGAAUAAAUGUUAGUAGCAUGCAUCACUAUAGACCUGCAGGUGAGGUUGGAUUAUGAAUCUUAGGACGUUUGCUUUUGGUGGUCCUAAAGAGGACUUGAUUGUACUAUUUGGAAUCAGAAUAAGAAUACCUUUUAUUUUUGGA